UGUCCUCGCAGCCCUGUGUGCUUGAUAAUACAAUAAUUUAUCAUCAAAACAUUUGGAUUCGCUCGUCAUGUUCAGAGAAGUUCAUACCUCUAUAACUGGUCAAACUAAAAUCAGUGUCACCUUCUUUAGUCUGUAUCGGACGGCGGCUGGGAGAGAUGGCAAAAGCCAUGGUCCACCAAGGCCUGCUUCUGGCGCUCUUGCUCCUGGCGUUCUCAACAUUGAGCUCAGCAGUGCCAGACAGAACGGCAAGACAGGUGCCAAGUAACCUAGGGAUCAGAGAAAGCGUCCUGGACGACUUGCUCAACGCGGUCGGCUCGACAGAUGCGGGGAAUCUAAAGGCCUUGUUUAGUAUCCUUUCGAUGGACAACAUCGGCGGGGAAGGGACCCUGAAUGUUGGCUCUAAGGUGAUUCCUAUCACAUUAGCCACAAAUCCGGAUGCGAUCAUACGUGCCUUGACGUUGCCGGACGGGACUGCUGUUGCUGAUGAAGAGUCCGCGCGGAGAGAGAUGACAGAUGAGUUUUCGCUGGCUAAAAAAAGGACUAAGGCUCAGGGGAUGCGUUCGCCAGCGCAGAUACUUCCAUCAGAAUUGGACGAGGUCCGUCGUUCUGCUAGUCCGUUGCAUGGUGUGCUACGUGUGCUUCGACAGCGCCUCAGCGACCAGCAACGCCAGCACCUGCAGCAACAGGCACAGCAACGACGUCAUGCAUUUCGAGCCCGGCUACCACACAUGCUACAGCAAUGGCGGUCUGCAGUUCAAGCUGCGUUGCGGCAAAAGCAGCAGCAGCGUCGACGUGCCGUAUUGAAACUACUGGCUUCUGUUGCUUCGUCGCAGAGCCGUUCGAACGACUGAAUACAACUUCAAGGCAAGCUUUCACAAUCCGGCUGCAAGAAAAACGGCUUAAGCGCUCCCAAUGGGUUCUGCAGUAUGCGCUAUGACAACACUCUCUCCUGCCCCAAUAACCCUCUUUCUUUCUGCUCCUAGUCGUGUUGCUGGCAUGCUUGGUUGAUGUAACAUGACGUUGUUCACCAACACGUGCAUGUGGGGUGACGCAAUACUGUUGUGUAAGAAGUAGAGUGUAAGUUCUACAGGUAGUUAGAUAGCAAGUUAGGGCCUCUGUGUACUGAUGCACACCGAUGUACAAUCGUGAGUUUUGCGUUGCCUCUGUCAGCGUGCCCAAAUGCAAUGUCUGGAAGGCAUUUCUCAUAAGCUGGAGAAAUCGGCACAACUUGA